AUGACUUAAAUCCAAGGUCAUGGCAAAUCAUCUGAAGUUCAUUGCCAGGUCUGUGAUGGUACAGGAAGGGAACGUGGAAGGAGCAUACAAGACCCUAAACAGAAUCCUCACCAUGGAUGGGCUGAUUGAGGACAUGAAGCAGCAGCAGUACUAUGAGAAGCCUUGCCGUCAGCGACAGAGGGAAAGCUAUGAAACCUGCCGGAGAAUCUACAACAUGGAAUUGGCUCGCAAGAUCAAUUUCUUGAUGCGAAAGAAUCGGGCAGAUCCAUGGCAGGGCUGCUGAGGCCUGUGACUAGGAGGCCCAGUAUAAAAACCCUUAUUCAUUUGUCUCCACCUCUUUUCUUUCUACAACCCCAUUUUUUCUCACCUUUAUUACAUUAAACCCGAUCAUGUAUA